GGAAGCGUCACUCAGGUGUGUGGGAUUGGCUGGCUGUUUUUGAAUUGAAGCUGUCGGACUUGAAUUGCAACCUGCACCUGGCGCCACUUUCUCCAGAGAAGUUGAUCUAACGAGCUACAUUUGAAAAGAAUCUUUAACUGAAUACAAAAAGUGACAAAAUGUCCAAAUUGUUCAAGGGAAGCUCAAGUUCGAUCUCUUCAAGCCACUAUCCAAGCUCUUCGAGAUCGAAACAUGGCCAUCGCUCGCGGACAGGCCCUACCCCGCAGGACGCCAUUCACAAACUUCGAGAAACAGAGGCGAUGCUGGCGAAAAAACAAGACUUCUUGGAAAAGAAAAUUGAACAAGAAAUUAUGAUAGCAAAGAAGAAUGGCCUCAAGAAUAAACGUGGUAUGUAUUGUUGUGAUAUUGUCACGUUUGCAUGAUUUGGUUGGUCCAUGUUGAAUCACCUGAACCUAAAUAAUCUGUAUCAAUAGGAGACCGUCUUCUCAGGUGAAGUAUCUUGUUCUUUUGUCAAUACAGGGAACACCUAGAAACAGACAAUAGUUUUGUCAGGGCUGCUUGCAGCCCAAUCUUCUGUCAUUAGGCUAUCAGCUACUUUCUUUAAUGACUCCUACCUAGGUCAUACUAAUUUGUGUCCAUCUGUACCCCUUCUGCCAUUGCUUUUUUUUCUUCACUACUAAAGAUGCAGAUGGCACUUCUAUAUGCUAUUUAAUAAUCAUCAUAACCAUAUCCCCCCCCUGUACCUCUGUACCACCAGUGGCCCUCCAGGCACUGAAGAGGAAGAAGCGCUUUGAGCAGCAGCUCACACAGAUUGACGGGACCCUCUCCACCAUUGAGUUCCAAAGAGAGGCAUUGGAGAAUGCCAACACCAACACUGAGGUCCUGAAGACCAUGGGCUACGCUGCCAAGGCCAUCAAGGGGGUCCACCAGAACAUGUGAGUGAAUAAGGAUAAUAACCAUUAAACAGUGGGUUUGCACCCCAAAUGGCACCCUAUUCCCUAUUUGGUGCACUACUUUUGACCUUGGUCAAAAGUAGUGCACCAAAUAGGGAAUAGGGUGCCAUUUGGGAUGUAGCCAUCAAACACUGGCCUUUCUCAAGAUUGACUUUAUUGCCAAUUAUAUGCUCAUAAUUCUAUUUCAACCUGAGUUUCAAAGUUAUAUCAGAAACAAAGAGGAUCAUAUCUAACUAGGCCUACUGAUGGACCUACUACUAUUAUACUAUUCCUAAAUCCUCUCUGUUUUCCUCCCAGGGAUCUGGAUAAGAUUGAAUCUCUGAUGCAGGACAUCACUGAGUCUCAGGAAGUUGCCCAGGAGAUCUGUGAUGCUAUCUCCCGACCUUUCGGAGAUUCAUUUGAUGAGGUAACCUAUUUACUGCUCACCAUUUCUCAAAAAAUGCAUCUUAUUUCAUCCUCUUAGCCUAUUCACUUUGCCCAGUGGAGGAUUGAUUGAUUUAGCUGCUUUAUAGGCUACUUAGGUUUUGUGACUUCCUGAUUGCCAAACAUGUACAAUACUGCAUGCAUCUCAAUGGCUCACAUUUGGAUUAUCCUGCAGGAUGAGCUGUUGGCAGAGCUGGCAGAGUUGGAACAGGAGGAGCUGGAGGAGAGCAUGAAGAACAUGGGCAGAGUGCCCAGUGUGCCCGCCUCCAAACUGCCCUCAUCUCGACCCAGCGAGCGCACCCGUAAGUACAGGACAAGGGCCUGCAGAAUAAUAAACUAGUUGAAGUGUAUGCUAGUUUUUAUAAUACAGUCAGUGUUAAACCAAUUUUCACCCUCCUGCUUUACAGCUUCCAAGAAGAGGGUAGAGGAUCAUGACGAAAUGCAGAUGCUGGCAGCCUGGGCAAUGUAACUGUAAC